CCGGCGCGCGGCCCAGCUCGGCGUGCGCUGCGGCCGGGUCGGAUCUGAGACGAGCACUCCCCAACUUGUUACCAUCUCAUCCUCAUCCACCCCGCCUCCUCCCGUCUCCCCCUCCGCCGGAUCUGAUCGGAUCCGCCCGACCAACCCGCGCCGCCGCCGCAGUGGCAUGUAAGGAAUGAGGUAAAAUUUCACUCCAUUCUUUGAGAGGGGUAUAAUGGUCUUUCCCAUCUCUAGAGAACAACUUGGGGAGGUAAAAACCCGGAAAAAGAGACAGGGCUGUCGUCAUUUUGCAUUGCUGGGCCCUUAUGGGCCAUUAUGUUUGGCCCAGCCCGUCUGUGUUUCCAUGCUGCCUAGCCCAGCACAUCCCGUCUCGUCCUCGGUCACUCCGGCCGCGACCUCCCGUCAAUCGUGCGUGCCCGCUGCGCCGCAGCUCCUCUCGCCCGCAGCGCCCCACGCCGGUGAUCCCGCAGGGCGGCUGGAGGAGACGACGAGGGCCAAGGGGCGCCGCGGUGCCGACCCACCUCUCGUGGCCGGCAGACUGCGCCGCUACUCCGCAGCUAGCCUCUGGUCCGUCCCUCGACGUGCUCCGCCGCAGCGCGCUCGAUCGGUGUGAGGCUGGAGUGGAGCAGAGAUCCACCCGGACUUGGAUAGGUUCCUUUCCAACUCACUCAUCCCUGGACAGAUGGCGCAGAUCCCCAACCUUGACAAUGCGCCGCUCAACCUUGCAGCCCUCAGGGAGCAGUCGCAGAAGGACCUACUCGGCAUCCUAAAAAGCAUAAGGGGGAAGAAGUGUCUGAUCAUUGACCCGAAGCUCGCUGGGACCCUGUCGCUGAUCGUGCAGACAUCCCUGCUAAAGGAGUAUGGUGCGGAGUUGCGAAUUCUCUCUUCUGAUCCCUUGCAGACGGAAUGCCUGAAAAUUGUAUAUCUUGUGCGCUCUCAGCUGAGCUUAAUGAAAUUCAUUGCAAGUCAGAUCAGGAAUGAUGAAUCUAAAGGGCUCCAAAGGGAAUACUUCCUUUACUUUGUACCACGCCGCAUUGUUGCUUGUGAGAAGAUCCUGGAGGAAGAGAAAGUUCAUCAGAAACUGACACUUGGAGAAUACCCUUUGUAUCUAGUUCCAUUGGAUGAUGAUGUCCUUUCUUUUGAACUUGACCAUUCUUUGCAGGAAUGUCUCAUUGAAGGAGAUACAAGUUCUAUCUGGCAUGUUGCAAAAGCGAUUCAUAAACUAGAGUUUGCCUUUGGAGUUAUCCCAAAUGUUAGGGCUAAGGGUGUGGCAUCUACCAAAGCUGCAGAGUUGUUGAAUAAUAUGCAACUAGAGGAUCCGGUCAACAUGGAUGAUAUGGGCAUUCCGGAGAUAAACACUGUUAUUCUAUUAGACAGAGAGGUGGACAUGGUGACACCAAUGUGCUCUCAGUUGACAUAUGAAGGCUUGCUGGAUGAGAUGCUGCAAAUUAAUAAUGGUUCAGUGGAAGUUGAUGCGAGCAUCAUGGGAACUCAACAAGAUGGGAAAAAGGUUAAGGUUCCACUGAAUUCGAGUGAUAAGUUGUACAAGGAGAUUCGUGACCUCAACUUUGAAGUUGUAGUUCAGGUUUUACGUCAAAAAGCAACAUCUAUUCAGCAAGAUUACGCGGAAGUGAAAUCCACCAACACUCAGUCUGUUUCUGAGCUCAAGGAUUUUGUGAGGAGAUUGCACUCGCUACCGGAGAUAGCUAGGCAUGUUCAUUUGGCGCAACACUUGCAAUCCUUCACAGGAAAACCCUCAUUCCAUGCCCGACUAGACAUAGAACAAACGAUAUUGGAGGUUCAGAACUUUGAAAUAUGCUUUGAGUACGUCGAGGAGAUGAUACAUAAGCAGGAACCUAUUGAAAAUGUGCUUCGCCUUCUAGUGUUACUCUCUCUUACAAAUGCUGGGUUGCCAAAGAAGAAUUUUGAUUACUUGAGGCGGGAGAUGCUGCAUAGCUAUGGCUUUGAGCACAUGAACUUAUUAUACAAUCUGGAAAAGGCUGGCCUUUUUAAGAAGCAGGAAUCAAGAAGCAAUUGGGUUGGUAUUACAAGAGCUCUGCAGCUUAUAGUCGAUGUAAAUGAUACAGCAAACCCUAGUGAUAUAUCGUACAUCUUUUCUGGAUAUGCACCUCUUAGUAUUCGCCUUGUUCAGCAUGCAGUGAGAUCUGGAUGGCGUUCUAUUGAAGAAUUGUUGAAACUAUUGCCAGGUCCACAUCUAGAUUUGAAAAGGGGUGGUUUGACAAUUGAUUCGUCACUGGAAGUACAUCCAGGUUCAGGGGCUCAGCAGAGUAUUGACAGGGUUGGUCAUCGCUCUCUGGUUUUGGUUGUAUUCAUUGGUGGUGUCACAUUUGCUGAGAUUGCUGCCCUUCGAUUCCUUAGUGCACAGGAAGGAAUGGGCUACGACUUCCUUGUUGCAACAACAAAGGUCGUCAAUGGUAACACGAUACUCAGACCAAUUAUAGCCAGCAGUAAAUCAGGGAUGAUGUAAUUUUUUUUUUCUGAGCAUGUGUUUGUAAUUUCAAUCUCAAACAAACCCAAGCUUGUGAGUUCUUUUUGCUGUGCGUGUGUUUUAAGCUUGUGAGGGUUUUUCUUGUUUGGCUAUGAGUUCCUAAUUACUCGGCAACUGGACGUUAGGCUCACGCGCCUGGCCUUUUUUGUGUAUAUAUUUAGAUUAAUACUGAUAGAUGAAAUUUUGAUGUUCUCAUUUUUAUUCAGUUCUAUUGCUUACAUUUA